AUGUUUCGGACGUCCAGGAAGCUCAUGAUGGCUCUCAAGACUCUUUCCGCAAAGAACGCUGCCGAGCUCGACAAGGAGCUCAUGAGUAGCGGUGCUUUCUCUAUCGACCAACUGAUGGAGCUGGCUGGCCUUUCAGUAUCCCAAGCUGUGUUCAAGCUCCAGCCCCUCAGCCAAGGCAAGCGAAUUCUCGUAGCUUGCGGGCCCGGCAACAACGGCGGCGACGGUCUCGUAGCGGCCCGCCACCUCCACCACUACGGCUACCAACCCACCGUCUACUACCCCAAGCAGAGCAAGAACGAGCUGUACCAGCGCCUGCGGAAGCAGCUCGAGGACCUGAACGUGCCAUUCACCGACGACUUUGACGCGGCGCUCGGCGCGGCGGACCACGUCGUCGAUGCCAUCUUUGGCUUCAGCUUCAGCGGCGAGGUGCGCGAGCCCUUCCCCAGGGUCAUCGAGGCCCUGCGCGACACCAAGGUGCCCGUUCUCGCCGUCGACGCACCGUCGAGCUGGAACAUCGAGACCGGCCCGCCCGACUCCGGACCGGGAAAGGGCUUCAACCCGCCCGCGCUGAUCAGCUUGACGGCGCCCAAGCCGCUGGUGAAGUGGUUCAAGGGCAGGCAUUUCCUUGGUGGAAGGUUCCUGACCAAGGCUAUGGCAGAGAAAUACGGCCUGGACAUCCCGCCCUACGAGGGUAUUGACCAAGUUGUCGAGGUGCCGGGCGAAGGCCAGAAGCUCUAA